UUGACAUUUCAUUUGAGGUGAUUAAGGUCUGUGAUUAAGGUUAUGUUUACUGUGUAGGUAUACUCGUGGUUAGAUUUAAGUGAAUAAAGUUUUCAAAAAUGGGUCGUAAAAUUCCAGCAAAGAAACAUCGGGGCGUUAAAGAUCCUCUAGUACAACAGGCGAGGCGGUUACAAAGUUUGAAAGGCAAAAUAAACGCGCCGCCAAAGGAUCCGGACGAUCAGCCGGUGCCGAAGACGCUCACGCGCCUGUUCGCGUUUCAGAAUCGAGACAAAACCAUCAAGAAGAAGACAAAUAAGAAGCUACUCUCCGCGGAUGGCGUGAGACAGUCUGGUGAGCACGGCAACCCGGUGGCGCGCCUGAAGCAGCUGCCGGGAGAGUCGGGGCGAGGCUUCUCCCUGCGCAUCAACAGCGCCGUGCGCGCGCUGCACCACCCGCUCCACCAGAUCAACUAUCCAGACGACGUGGAGUCAGAGGACGAGAAGGGGUCGCGCAUGACGGCGCAGCGCGAGCGACGCCGCCGCAAGCGCCGCGGCGCCGACCACCAGCCCCGCGGCGCCGACCGCCAGCCCGCCGUGAGUCGCACGCGGCGCCUCGCGCUCCAGAAGCGGGAGAAGAAGAACAAGGCGGUCGAGGAGGCAUCGUGGACGCAACGCGCGGAGGCGCAGUACGAGCGCGUCGCAUUCGGCGACGUCGCUCACGCGCCGCCCGCGCUGCGCGCGCCGACACUCGCCUGCCCCAAGCCUGCGGUGGCGGCGCGGCGCGGCCUGCUGUUGGCGGCGAUGCUGGGCGGCGGCGCGGCGGACGGAGCGGGCGCGGCGGCGCGCGGCGCGGAGAUGCGGGAGCGCGCGCGCCUCGACGCCGUGGCCGCCUACCGCGCGCUGAAGAAGGAGCGCCGUCUGCGCGACGAGCCCGGCGCGCGCCCGAAACCGACGCCCUCGUGAGACCUCGCGUGGGAGGCUCCGGGCCGCCUGCCGCGCGCGACCACUCCAAUGCGAGCUACGCUGUAACGGCGCUUCUGCACGGUCGCUCUCAUACUAUAUCAGCAAUCAGCAUAAGUUUGAUUCGGCCGCGCCAAGCGCGCGUGCUCACCCGAGUUUAUAACUAACUGUGCGUUAUCUAAACCGUCUGUUGUAUGAUAUAUUUAUAUAUAAGAAUGUGUAUUGUAAAUAAUAUAAUUCAUAUUUUUAAUUCUA